UUUCCAUUAAUUUCUCUUUAUCUAUAUUUAUAAUUACAGAUAGUUGAUCUCUUUUUCAUUCAAUGUCUACAAUGGAUAACAAUAACCCAGAUUUUAUCCAUGAUCCAUUGCUUGAUUCCAGAGGAGCAGGAGGAUAUGCCUUGAGUGGGAAGAUUAUGCUAAGUGCUAUCGUUAUCUUAUUCGCUGUUGUUGUUUUCAUGGUGGGUCUUCAUUUAUAUGCUCGUUGGUACCUUCUAACUCAGCGACGCCGUGAAAUGGUUCGCCGCCGUAGGGUCCACCAUCGCCGUACCCAUAUUGUUUUCUAUGUUGAUAAUCCUAAUUCUGGUUUGUCUGUUGCUAAUCGGGGUUUGGAACCGUCGGUUCUCAAUUCCCUGCCGGUUUUUGUCUAUUCCGACAAGACUCAUCCCGAACCGCUGGAGUGUUCUGUUUGUUUAUCGGAAUUCGAGGAGAAUGAAAAGGGUCGGGUUUUACCCAAGUGUAAUCACUCAUUUCAUUUGGAAUGUAUUGAUAUGUGGUUCCAUUCUCAUUCUACUUGCCCUCUUUGUCGGUCUCCGGUUGAGCCACUACUUACUGAACUGGAUAAUAACCGGGUUGAAGUCGCUGUAACACCGAAUGAACCGGGUUCGAGUUCCGGUUUAUGCAACUCUUGUGAGGAGAAUAGUAAUUCUAAUACGGCGGCGCCGUUGGGUGUGCGGCGAAAAGGAUUGGAUCUUACCGGAGUAAGAAUAGAGGUGCCAAGGCGGAACGAGUUAGAAGACGAUUUGGAAAUGGGAAUCAGACUGAGUUCACCGGCGAGUCAAUCGAGAUCACCUGCAGCUCGUCUAUUGUCUUUGAGAAGAAUACUGAGCAUGAACAGAAAAACACCCACCGGAACUAGCCAUUCCCCUGGUGGAAGUUGCACCGCCGAUUUCGAUUUAGAAAGCGGUAGUACUGGUGGCGGUGGAACAAUUCAUAUCGGCGGCGAUUCCUAGGCAAAAAUAUGCGUGAUAGCAGGAACGUUGAUUUUGAACAAGAGUAAGAAAACUCAUAUAUUCAAUGUCCAAUUACACGUGGCAUUUCUUAUGGUGACGUGGCAGUCAUGGUAGACUUUGCUAGGAAUGUUUGACUUGUAAAUAAUGGUGGGGGGUAGAAAAGUGCAACUUGUAGUGCAAUUACGUGCAAGAGUCAAUUACAAUGUUAUCUAUUUUCUAAA